CCAGGAAACGAAUGGAGGAAGUGAUUUUUUUUUCACGCCGAUAACACUAUUUUCAAUCGAAAUUGACUUCAGUCUAUCGGUGCAUGUCAUACAAUAGGCUCAACGUCUCUGUACAUAGGAGUUUCCUGUCAUUGCUAGUUAAUAUUGCUUUACUGUUCGUUUAUUAUGGCGUAGAGCAAUAGUAGACAAUUUAGCUGGAUAGCAGGUCAGCAAGCAUUCGUUGGGACCAUGCAAUUGCAAUAACGCCAAGAUAGGCUACUGGAGUAAUGUACUCACCGGCAUUUCAGAUAGCUGACCUGUUUGUAAUCUUUCGUCUUAGCCAUAUACAUGGUUUACUAUUUACGACAUAGUUUGCAGUCAAACGUUUGCUGUUUCAGUAUUUUAUUCGUUCGUGCACAGACUAAGACCACGGAAGAACGAUAGGAAAAUGUUUCACAAAACCUCAUUUACAACCCUAAUUAUAGGUGUAUUCGUUGUGUACGUCCUGCAUACUUGCUGGGUGAUGUAUGGCAUUGUAUACACUAAGCCAUGUGAGGAUCCUACUACAAGUGAAAACUGCAUCAGCCCUUAUUUAACAUCAAAGCCGCGUCUGCAGCUGAGCGUGUACACGUCUGUACGGCACAACGCGGAAGGCGGACACACACUCAUUCUGAGAGAGGAAGACUUCGACUUGCAUUCCAAAUUUGAGAGGCAGGUAAACAUUACCUUACCUAAGAAGACUCGGAAAAAUGGAACCCUCUAUGCCAUGGUGUUUGUACACCAAGCAGGAGUGUCUCCCUGGCAGGACCAACGACAAGUUCACCAGGUGACCCAGCUGACCACUUACAUGUUGCCGAAACCCCCAGAGGUCAGCCUGAUAGCAGGCCAAGAGGAACAAAACGCUAAGGAGCAGCAGAAGCCAGACACGGGGGCUGAUCGCCCAGUGUCCCACUGGCGCACGCGGCUAACGCUCAACAUCGUGUCCGAGGAGUUUGUGUUUGACCGCAACGCGUUGCCGGCCGACGUGCAUCGCUUCCUGAGAGUGUAUCAGAGUGGGAAGAAGAUGGUGUAUUUGCCACUGCUGUUUGUGGAUGAGCUGAGUAACAGAGUGAAAGACUUAAUGGAGAUCAACAGCACCACAACAGAGGUUCCCCUCACAAUCUCCUAUGACACCAUCUCCCUGGGUCGGCUUCGCUUCUGGAUUCAUAUGCAGGAUGCAGUCUAUUCUCUACAACAUUUUGGGUUCACAGAAAAGGACACGGAUGAAAUUAAAGCCAUCUUUGUAGACACCAAUCUGUACUUCCUUGGCCUUACCUUCUUUGUGGCCACUUUCCAUCUCCUGUUUGAUUUUCUUGCCUUCAAAAAUGACAUCAGCUUCUGGAAGCAAAAGAAAAGCAUGGUGGGAAUGUCCAGCAAAGCAGUGCUAUGGAGGUGUUUCAGCACCAUUGUGAUCUUCCUCUACCUGCUGGAUGAGCAGACCAGUCUGCUUGUGCUCAUUCCUGCUGGCGUAGGGUCCAUCAUCGAGGUGUGGAAAGUGAAGAAGGCUUUUAAGAUCCAGAUCGUGUGGAAAGGUUUGAGACCAACUUUCCUGUUUGGGAAAUCAGAUGAGUCGGAGAGAAGGACCGAGGAGUAUGACACACUGGCAAUGAAGUACCUGUCCUACCUGCUGUAUCCUCUGUGCAUUGGCGGAGCCGGGUACGCUCUUGUUUAUGUGAAGUACAAAAGCUGGUACUCUUGGCUCAUCAACAGCUUUGUGAACGGGGUGUAUGCCUUUGGGUUCCUCUUCAUGCUACCUCAGCUCUUUGUGAAUUACAAGUUUAAAUCAGUCGCUCAUCUUCCAUGGAAGGCCUUCAUGUAUAAGGCUUUCAAUACCUUCAUUGAUGACGUCUUUGCCUUCAUAAUCACCAUGCCAACAUCCCAUCGUCUGGCUUGCUUCAGAGAUGACGUGGUGUUCCUCGUCUACCUGUAUCAGAGAUGGCUUUAUCCCGUGGACAAAAGCCGCAUGAAUGAGUACGGCGUGUCUUUCGAUGAGAAGCCGAAGGGCAAGAGCCAUAAGGAUUAAUAAAGGAAGCCGUCAGAACCUCAGGAUGCGUCAGCUGCGGCCCCACCUCAUCCAGGGCUGACGGUUGAACCGUUUGGGCCUCCCUCUCCCCCCACCUUGCUCACAGAGGUGGGCCAUCACCCCAUAGCAUCCGGGAAGGGUUAAUUGAGCGGACUUGGCCUUCUGUAAGGCAUCUCAGAACCGCAUCGCUAUCGAGACGCCUAGCAGCAGGUUCUGGCGUGAAGACAUGUUGCCGAUUGAGCCGGGCCAUAGCUACAACCUGCCUGCAAUUCCAUACCACAACCAGCAGGGGGCCACUGCAGACCUGACAACUUGAUGUGCAUACACUUACUGGAACAAGCAUCUGGCUGGCUGAAAAGAAUUGGGGUGGGGGAAAAUACAUAUGAAUGUAUGUACUUUUGUAUGUGUGCGUGCGUAUGUGAUUGUAUGAUUGUUCAUUUUUUGUUGUUAUGAAAUCUGUUUCUGGAUUUAAAAUAAUAAUUAUAAUCUUGAUAGUAUUUGUAAAUGAAGGUCACGCCAUUCUGGUGCCAAACUGAUUGAAAGACUGCUUAUGGUGACUGGCGGCCGAAAGCAUCUUCAAGCUGAUGAACAAAAUGUGCUCUUUUCGGACGCUGACUUGUUGUUGAUUGCUGACUAUUUUAACUGCACAAAGGGAGCGGAUUAACCCUGCCAUGCAUGGAGUCUACAUGUGUGGAUAUGUGAUAUUUAAGGGUGUUUUGGUUCAAUAAAAUAUUGCUUUCCUUUA